CUUAAUAAUGAGAAUCCCAUCUAAAUCAAAGAUUGUGGGAGUCGGAAUAAUUGUAAUAGCAGCAAUAUGUGCUUUUAAAUUCUACAGAGAGAAGGAGCACUAUAAAGGAAUAAAAGACUAAUACAAAAACAAAUAGGGAUCACUAUAGGACUAAGUUUACUAAUAUGAAUCCAAAAUAAAACAACUAAAUGACAAGGAUAUUGAAAAUCAAAUGAUAAUAAGAGAUUUAAAUGAUAAAAUAAGGGUACUUUAAAAUGAAAAAUCAGCCAUUCUACAUAAAAUAAUCAAAUUUGAAGAAGAAAGAUAGAACUUUGAACAAUCGAAAGAAGAGAGAAAAAUAUUGGUAGAGAACAUUAGAGAUAAUAUGUCUGUCAUUAAGAGUAACCUGAAGGAAUUUAAAGAAGUAAUUUCAUCGCUAGAUAAUCACGUUUCUUAAUUGGAAAAUAAGAAUAAUUGA